GACUGUAUAGAAAGAGAGUGGAGGCUGUAAGCUCCUAAGUUGGACUUUGGAAAAUGAAGAACUGACGACUGAUUACGAGGUUGUUUGCUGUUGUCCUCAGGUUCUUGUGCCCCUCUCUGAGGAUUACUUAUUGUGAUUGGUGGGGGAUUCCCAAGUGCAGAAACAGCAGGUUCAGACUCGCUCCUUGCCUGAGAAGCUGAGAUGCUGGACAGAUUCAAGAUGCAUAUGUUAUUGCUGGGCCUGGCUCUGUUGAUGCUGGGCUUGGCCUCUGACGCCUCUUCUCUUGGCCUGACUGUGCAUGUUGUGCCCCUGGACAGUGAUGGAGGAAAAACAGUGCGGGCUCAUUUCACUGUCAUUGCUCCUAGUCCUUGUCCAUCUUUGUCUGGACUCUGUGCUCCAGGAGAGGACUGUCUAGUCCACACCACCCCGUUACCUUUCACUGGGACCAAACCCUCUGACUGGUGUGUCCGCCAGUGGCAGAAAACUGUCCCCAGUGACUACAGAGCUACCAUCAGUUUAGGGUCCAGAACAGAAUUUUUUGUGUCUAUAAAUGCAGGACCAGUGAUCCGGGCAAACAGCGGGAGACUCAACCACCCUGCUUUUGUGGCUCUCCCUCCUCCACUAAGGGCCAGUGUGAACUGUCCUCACGACAUCCAUCUGUCAGUGAAAGACUUGGAUGGGGACAAGGUUCGAUGUCGAUUUGCCAGUUCUGACAAGGGAGAGUGUGUCAGCUGCACCCAGCACUCUUUCAUAGAGCUGGAUGGGGAGAAAUGCAUUUUGUCCUUCACUGGACAGGCACCUGCAGGACAGUAUUUUAUUUACCUGAUGGUGGAGGACCUGAUUCCUUCGCCCAGAGUAAACCAUGCCACAGAUCUGCCCCUCAGCUCUGUCCCUGUCCAUCUCUCUCUAACUGUGGAAGAGUCAUAUUUUAGGUGCUCUGAUGAACCAGUGGCCAUAGACAGGACCCCAAAAGAUGACUCUGUACUGUUUGUUCUGCCGUACCAGGAGGAGAAAAUCAACACUGACUAUAGGUCGGAGGAGGAGAGUGUUUUAGAGUUUGCCGUGGUUGGGCCCCCUGACCUCUACAGGACUGGCUUCACAUCAGUCGGCCCCCUGGCCACUAUGGCCAUGGCCUGGAUCCGCUCUGAAAACAACCUGACUCAUCUGUUGCCCAUCUGCUUUGCUGCAAAUACCAAGAGAUUACAGUCGGAGCCAAGAUGUGUGUGGCUAUACCAAAGGGAAACCAGAACAUUACCUGCUGGAACAGAACUGAAGUGUGAGAAGACAGAGAUGACUCUGGUGCUCCCCAUCACCUCGCUCACAAACAUCAACCUUGCCGAACUCCAGCUCAACAGCCCCACCUGCCCCGUCAACUACAAUAACACACAUGUGACUGCAACCAUCUCCUUGGACGGCUGUGGCACAAAGACUGUGCACUCAGGCCCAGAGCUGGUUUACACCAACACCUUGAAAACCGUGCGUCCCUACUCUAUGAUUAGCCGCCAGCCCUUACUUAUCCUGCCUUUGGCCUGCCGCAUCCCAGGAGUCCAGGUCAAGGGCCCAAACGCUUUAAUUGAGUUACCCACAGAGAGAGAGACCUUUGGUGCGUUUCGUGUUUGGAUUGAAUUUUACCUCCCAGGAACAGGGCCCCUGGCACAAUUCACCAGAAAUCCCACGUUUCGCUCUAACUUCAACUCACCACAAAGAGUGCGUAGAGCUGUUGACUCAGAAACAGGAAGUGAAGAAAGUGGAUCCAGGAUCAAACAACUGGACCUCUACGUCAGGUCCAAUUGCAGUGUGGUUCGAGCCGAGAUGAUAGUAAACGAAUGCAUCGAGUCUGAGACUGAGGACUUUGCAAUAAGCCGUCCUAUUCUAAAACAAGGGUGCUUGACAUCCAGCAACACCUUAGAGGUUAUUACUACCCAAAAUAAUUCCAGGGUUUACCGCCUUGAUUUGAGUACAAUACAGAUCAAUGGAACAACUCUGUAUGUCCAGUGCACAGUCAAUCUGUGCAUUACCACCAUGCCCUCUCUGUUGUGCCCAAAUCUAUGUACCAGCUCCAGGAGUCAGAGCACCCUGGUUGGCAGUGUGUUCACCAGCAGCUACACAGUCAAAUCAGGACCUGUGAGCCUUGUGCUCACCACUCCUGCUCCAACCACAACAGCCGUGGCAAACACAACAACCACAGCAAAUACAACAAGUACUAAUGUAACAACCGCUACUACAGCCACAGCUGCAACUACUCGUACAGCCAAUACUGCAAGUACAUCAGCAACUCCAGCUGUUACAGCUGCAACUACUGCAACCAGUAUCACAACCAAUACUGCAAGUACAUCAGCAACUCCNGCUGUUACAGCUGCAACUACUGCAACCAGUAUCACAACCAAUACUGCAAGUACAUCAGCAACUCCAGCUGUUACAGCUGCAACUACUACCGCAGGAAGUGCUCCAUAUCAGGCCUCAUCUCUGGCAACAGGAGUGAUUUUGACAACUUUCAGCAUAUUUCUUCAGAAAAUGCUCCUUUGCUGAUCCUGCAUCUGGAGUUAUCUGUCACCUUAGGGAGCACCUCAUUCGUUUCCUUUGGACAUUUAGAGAUAGAAUCACACAAAUGAUUCCAGUGUGUAUUUUGAGCUGUUUCAGAUUCCCACAUUAAAGUAAGAUCACACAAAAUACUGUCAAAGGGAAAAGAAAUAGAAUUGCAUAGAAUUUUCUUAAUUCCUCUAUCCCUUUCAUAGUUAUAAGAUGGUAAGAAAUACUUAGGAUGCAAUAUUAAAAAUGUUAAACUGCUGUAUUACACUUUACUAGUAAAAUGGUGGAUUUAUAUGACCUUCAUCGACACAGCAAUUUGUUUGUUUUACAAAUCAGGACCAUUGUGGAUAAAAUGUCUUCUUCACCAUGAGUAAAACUUUUAAAAUUCUGGUUAACUGGCACUUUAAGAUCUACUUUAUGUAUUUUUUUCAUAGUCCAACAAAAACCUGUUUAAGAAAAAGAACUUGAGCUUAUCAUUAUCUAAAGUGUAUCCAUCUUUACUUCAGAUAUAAAAAUUAAAAUUGUAUGUGUAUUGUUUUUAGAAUAACAUAAAUAUCUUGCUAAGUAGUUAUUAUUAUUAACCGCUUUGAUCUGUUUCUAAUAAGUUUUCCUUUUUACAGUUCUAUUUUAUUAAUCUCUUAUAAGGCCCUUCAACUGUGUUUGUUUGCAAAGGCCAAUAUGAAUAAAGCAUGAAUUAUUAUUUGA